AGUUCAAGGGUCAGCGCAGGCCAGGGCCUAGCCUAAGCCAGUCUGGCGCUGGAUUUAACCCUCAGGUGGCUGCUGCUGCCCCAGGCCCUCCAGCCCUUGCCCGCUAUGGGAGCCCAGAGCUGGUUGGACCUGUGCCCUGGCACUGCCUGUGCAUAGGGCAGAGACCUGGGUACCCCUCAGGCAGAGCCACGCUGCCGGUGGAGAGACGAGUAACUGAGAGCCACCCCAAGGAGCAGGGCUGGAGAGUGGGAGGCAGGCUGCAGGGCUGAGUCUCUGCGCCGGUCCCCUGUUGCUGCCUGUGUGUUGGGCAUUUACUUGGGCAGCUGGCGGACAGAACACACCCGACCCAGUGGUGCAAGAAGUGGCAGCUACCAGAGGACAACACAAAUGAUGGCUGAUAACCAAGCUAUAGGUCUGAGUCCAUGUGCUACACCUGGAACUCUGUGUGUGUUGGGCAUAGAUCUGGGCACCACCUCAGUUAAGGCUGCCUUGGUAAUAGAGACAGAGCAAGGGCAAAUUGUGGCCCAGAGCUGUUCAAGGGAGACACAGGCGCAGGCUGAUAGCCUGGCUGCUGGAGCACAGGGAAUGGAGCAAGAUGUCCAGAGAAUAAUAAAAGCCUUGAAUGAAUGCCUUGCGGCUUUUCCCCGGGAGCACCUUCAAAGGGUUAGUCGCAUUGGUAUUUCAGGACAAAUGCAUGGGGUUGUGUUUUGGAAAACAAACCAAGGUUGCAAAUGGGCCAAGAGUGGAACUGGUCACACCUUUCAGCCUGGAGAAGUCAGUCAUCUGAUUACGUGGCAAGAUGGCCGCUGCAGCAGCAGUUUCCUCUCUUCUCUUCCUCAACCACAGUCACAUCUCAGCUUGGCUACAGGAUUUGGAUGUACCACAAUCUACUGGUAUUUGAAGAACAGCCCAGAUUUUCUGAAGCCUUAUGAUGCAGCUGGUACCAUCCACGACUACGUGGUUGCCAUGUUGUGUGACCUGGAAAGGCCACUGAUGUCCGUCCAGAAUGCUGCCAGCUGGGGAUAUUUUAAUUCCAGAAGUAAAAGCUGGAAUACUGAGAUUUUGAGAGAAUCUGGCUUUCCCCUUGACUUGCUUCCUGAAGUGGGUGACCCUGGUGACAUUGCAGGGAGGAUGUCCCAUGACUGGCAUGGAAUACCAAAAGGAACGGAAGUGGGAAUUGCUCUGGGAGAUUUCCAGUGCUCUGUUUAUUCUUGUAUGACUGAAAGGACUGAUGCAGUUCUCAAUAUCAGCACCUCUGCUCAGCUGACAGUCCCCAUGCCCUUGGGAUUCCAGCCUCCAGAGACACCAGAUUCCUUGUCAGCUGUUGCCUAUUUUCCUUAUUUUGAUGGUAACUAUCUGGCAGUGGCAGCAUCACUCAACGGAGGAAAUGUGCUGGCAACAUUUGUGGAUAUGUUGGCACGCUGGAUGGCGGAGUUGGGGUAUGAAGUUCUAGAGUCUAAUGUCUAUACACAAAUGAUCAACGCAGCCUUGGCCCAAAAUGAUACCAGACUCUCAAUCUGCCCAACUGUAUUUGGAGAAAGGCACAUGCCUGAGCAACUGGCUUCAGUGACUAGUAUCACUGCUUCUGAUCUCUCUCUGGGUCACGUAACCAGAGCUUUGUGCCAUGGGAUCAUUCAGAAUCUGCAUUCCAUGUUGCCAUUUCAACACCUGAAAGAGGCAGGAGUGAAGAGAAUUCUGGGAAGUGGAAGUGCCCUUUCCAAGAAUGAGGUGCUGAAGCAAGAAGUCGAGAAAAUUUUUCCAUUUCCUGUGAUCUAUGGAAAGGAUGUGGAUGCAGCCGUGGGUGCUGCAAUGGUGAUGCUGCACAGAAGAUAAAUCCAUAGUUCAGGAUUGUCUGAUAUAAAGUUUUUUUUUUUUUUUUCUGGACAUAUCAACACUUCCUUUCUGUUCCCUCAACGUUCCUGAUGUUGCUUUUAAUCUACCAUCCCACUCAGUAUGGAGAAGAACAGCUUGCAUUAAUGUCUCUCUCUGGUUCCAAAUGUACUCAGGGUCCUGCUUGCCCUUACGUUGUCAUUCCUAAUUGUGCAUCGAGAACUAAUUAUCACAUGAAAUUUGGCUGCGUGAAGGGAAAAGAUCCAUUAAGUUUGGGUUGAAGAUAAUACUUCAUCAUAGGCUCAUUUUCCUGUUAGGAAAGAAGCCUGGGAUGGCUAAGACGAGCCAGUGUCUGUUGGUAAUGGCAUCUGUAGCCUUUGUUAGAGAUGUUUUGUGGUUAAACUAUCUCUUUCCAUAUAUAUGUGCAACACGAUGGGGCCUAAAGGUACUACUGUAAUACAAAUAAAAUAAUAAUUUACCAUA